AUGAACUCCGUAAGUGAUGUUACUUUGGUAAUGACAUUAACGCGAACAGCCACCUUGUCUUCAGAGCCCUCUAAUCUGGAUAGCAUUUAUGUUUCUUGGAAAGAGACGACAAUCACCACAGAACAGAUCAUUUCAAAAGCAAUCACAAUAUCUCCAACCACUCUGCGAGAAACCAGCACUUUGAGGAUGGUGAUACCUACAACGACUGUAUUGCCAUCCACCGACCCAGAACCACGACAAUCACACUUCACGGUAUCAUCGAUUUCCAGUGAUGUUACGAGCACAGCAACAGAUUUAUCAUCGAACUUGCCAUUUGACGAUCUCCCUAGUUCCAAUUCAACACAGGUCGGUUUUGCUGUGGGUAUUCCAAUUGCUAUAUUUGCGUUGUUUUUUAUUGCGUUGGCAGUGUGGUACUUUCUUCAAUUACUCAAGUCGAAACGUGAGUUGAAGCAAGAUGGACUUGUUAAUUUCAGUGAUAGACUCAAUUUUUCUAACCAAGAGUUAUCAAGUCCCAGCUGGGAAACUUUAACGGAGAGACCGUACCCAGUGGUGUUCUCCCCGACUAAUUAUUUUAAAACAGACAAAGAAUUUAACAUUUAUGAGCAACAGAAACCUAAAAACGCCACCAAAUUCAAAUCACGAUUGAAUGAUCGUUUGAGUAGAUUAUGGCCACUGGGAGAAAAAGAACAAGAUUCAUUAGCUCAGCCGCAUCCCAGUUUUCUCAAACGCAUGUCGGUGAUGACCCCAGUGUUUUUGAAAAAGUUUAAUAUUGGUAAUGCAUCACUAGAGACUAAGGAAACAAUCGGAUCACAAGUUUUUGACACGCCCACAAGUAAAAAAACUAACCACGUUCCAGCCCAACAAAAUUCCAACUUUGAUUUUAGCAACGUUGACAAGAGACGAGCAAUGUUCGAUCAUGAUUUGCAUACUGUGAUCAAACCGUACACAAAGGGCCUUGAUGAUGAGUUAACUAUUCGUUCGGGAGAUAAAUGCGUCGUGCUAGAGAAAUUUAGCGAUGAGUGGUGUAAAAUCCAACUUCGAAGGAAAAAUGGCCAUGAAUUGAGCGAAGCUGAUUGGAAAAUUGGAUUGGUUCCAAGAAAGUGUUUAGAGAGGAUAUAG